AAAUCUCGUCCGUCCAAAACCUUGAUGAUUCCGUCACCUUAAAACAGACUCGUGUAAUCAUAUCUCCUUCUCUCUCUCUCUCUCUCUCUCUCUCUCGGCAACAACGACAAGAACAAGGCUCAGAGAGAAUCAAAGAUAAUCCUCGUCAAGAAAAACUCUUCAUUUCCUAAUUUUCUCUCUCUCUGUCUCUCUGUUCCUAUAUAGGAGGCAGAUGCUCAAUUCUUGAAUGUUAGGAAUGGAAGAACCGAAUAAGAAGCUUGAGGGCACUCUGAAUGGCUUCUCUCCUGUACCUGCAACUCCUGUUUUCUGGAAAUCUAGGAGGAGAUCAGCCGGUAUGAAGAACUUGGACAAGGUAAUAGAUGACACCACAGAUAAAACACCUGAAAAGCAGGAAGAAGUUCCCACUGAAGAAAAGCAGCAGGAUUCAACAACUGUUUCUAUUCUUUCUGAGAAGCGGAAAGCUCUCUUUGAACCAUUGGGACCCAAAAAUUUUGUAAAUGGCGGGCGACCAUCAGCUGAAUCCUUACUCCCCCCACCAGACUUUGAAUCUGCAAGUUAUCCCCGGGGCUGGCUGAUUGGGAAGAAACGAAAGCUCGUAAAUGUGGAUGUUGUUGAGAGCAUGCGUAGAAUUGCUGUACAGGAAAUGAACAGAAAGGACAGGGAGAUUGAUGGGCUAAAUGAGCAGUUAGAAGAGGAUGCCCGAUGCCUAGAGCAUCUGCAACUCCAACUUCUUGAAGAAAGGAGUAAACGUGCCGACGUACAGAGACAAAAUGCAAUGCUGCAAAACCAAAUAGGUAUGCUGAUGAAUAUGAUGGAGGAGAAUGAGGCGAUGAAUGAUGAUGAAGGCACUGGAGAGCCGUAGGUUGUUUAUUCUUUUGUAGAUUUGUUUGGGAAGUAAAAAAGUACAGAACUAAUACAUAUAAAUAUAUUUGCCAGUUCUAUUAAAUGUAUUGUUGCAGAAAAUACUGUCCAUAUGAUGUGAAUAAUUUGUAAUUUGAGUGAUUUUCUUUUAAUAUGUUAAAUGUUGACCAUAUAUUUU